CCCGGAAAUACAUAGUUUGAUAUUUGAUAGCAGAGUCAGACGUAGUUACAGUACACUCUACAUUGAGCGACUCUACUGCACCAUCAUGAUGUUAGAAUGGAUCUCAUUUGUGAUGUUUUACCUGCUUGCUGCUGUUUUCGCUGCAUUUCUUGCAUAUUGUCUGUAUGUUCAUUAUGUUCACCAGAAAUAUGAUCAUAUACCUGGACCGCCAAGAGACAGUUUUUUGCUGGGACAUAUAUCAACUUUUGCUAGAGUAAUGAAGUCGGACAGCCUUAUACAUGACUUGUUUGUUAAAUGGGGAGAAGAAUAUGGCCCUGUCUACAGAAUGAACAGUUUUCACCAAGUGGUGAUCGCAGUUCAUUGCCCUGAGGCUACAAAGACAAUCCUGAUGUCACCUAAGUAUCUCAAAGAUCCCUUUGUCUACAAACGCCUCUUUAACUUGUUUGGAAAAAGGUUCUUGGGAACUGGGCUAAUAACGGCUACGGACCAUGACGUAUGGUACAGGCAACGUCGCAUCAUGGAUCCAGCUUUCAGCAGCACAUACUUACGAAGCUUGAUGGGCACUUUUAAUGAGAUGUCUGAGCGCUUAAUGGACCAUCUGGAGGAAAUAGCUGACAAUAAAACACCUGCCGUCAUGCUUAAUCUGGUCAACUGUGUCACACUCGACGUCAUCUGCAAGGUGGCUUUUGGGGUUGAUUUAAAUUUUUUGAAGCAAACUAACAGCCCCUUCCAGAAAGCAGUUGAGCUGUGUUUAAGGGGCAUGGUGUUCUAUCUCAGAGACCCAUUCUUUGCGCUUUUCCCCAAGAAUUGGAAGACCGUGCAACAAAUUAAGGAUGCAGUUGAACUCCUGCGUAAAACGGGAGAGAAAUGGAUACAAGACAGGAAGACAGCAAUAGAAAAUGGAGAAGAUGUUCCCAAAGACAUUCUCACACAAAUCCUCAAAACGGCAGAGGAGGAAAACGUUAAUAGUGCAAAAGAUCAUGAGCAGAUGUUGGACAAUUUUGUGACUUUCUUCAUUGCUGGGCAAGAGACAACAGCAAAUCAGCUCUCAUUUGCAAUCAUGGAAUUAGGGAGACAUCCAGAAAUAUAUAAAAGGGCUAAAGCAGAGGUGGAUGAAAUCCUUGGGACGAAAAGAGACAUUUCAUAUGAAGAUCUUGGAAAAUUCACCUACUUGUCUCAGGUGUUAAAGGAAACGCUGCGUCUGUACUCAACUGCUCCAGGAACCAGUCGUUGGCUCCAUGAGGACAUGGUUAUAAAUGGACUGAAAAUCCCAGGGGGCUGUGCUGUUACUUUCAGUUCUUAUGUCUCCCAAAGAAUGGAGCAGUAUUUUAAAGAUCCGUUAAAGUUUGAUCCAGAGAGAUUUGAUGUGAAUGCCCCAAAGCCUUAUUACUGCUACUAUCCGUUUACACUUGGUCCACGAACCUGUCUGGGGCAGGUCUUCUCACAGAUGGAGGCAAAAGUUGUGCUUGCCAAACUGCUUCAGAGAUUUGAGUUCAGUCUGGUUCCUGGACAGUCUUUCGAUAUUAAAGACAUGGGAACUCUACGGCCCAAAAGCGGAGUGAUCUGCUACAUUAAACACCGCUCAUAGGAUAUGUUUAAGGCCCUUUGUUUUGUGACAACUUUGAAUACCAUCACCUUCAAACACCAACCUGAGCACAGAAGUUUAACAUGCUAAUCAUUUACAUUUACAUUUAGUCAUUUAGUUUAUGCUUUUAUCAAAGGCGACUUUCAAAUGAGGACAGUGGAAGCAAUCAAAAUCAACAAAAGAGCAAUGAUAUACAAGUGCUUUAACAACUCUCAGUUAGCUUAACGCAGUACACAUAGCAAGGGCUUUUAAAUAAUA